AUGUGCUGUCAUAUCGUAAGGUUGACAAGCGACAGAAGUGGGGAGCCAUGCAAUCCUACCACCUCAAGCACAAGCAAUGCUACAGGGACGAAUCUGCAGUUCCAGGCCCUCUUCGGGCACCAUACCGUUGUCUUCGAUUUAUGCGGCACGGCAGGCAAGAAAUUGCGGUGCGUGGAAAAUGGAAGCUGGACAGACGCGAAUUGGGUUGGAUCUACGCAUCGACUGACCACUCAUGUGCUGAUACCCAGGCCCUGA